CAUCAAGCGGUAAUACGCUAACCCUGAACCCUCUGCAGGUGCUCCCAUGUGCGUUUUCGCUCUCACAGAACUGACUCGAGGCGUUCUCGGGGCUUGACAACCACAACCCACAUCGACUACAUCCGCCCCCGGGAGCCCCAUCGCCUCACAACGCUCCACCUAGUACUGUAAUCAGAGGAGACAGAAAGCCAUCACAACGGACGUUGACUUGACCGCCAAAACGAUUCCCACCACAUCGCACAAAGGCGGGAAUAACCCCGAAUCCAACUAUCGCCCAAGAUGUGGCGUAGACCAUUGAAGUUUGCCACGGCAACCGCCUCCCUCGGCGGAGUCGGCGCCGCCUAUUACGCGCUGUCAGACCGCAAAGACUCCACAAACGCCCACCGGCUAGUCGAAGCUUACACCCCCAGCUUCCUGCUCCGCCACCCGCUCCACGCCGAGGCCCAGGGUCAGCCUAUCACCGCAAAGGACAAGACCCCGCACUCGCUAUGGACCCCGCCAUCGCGCAGGGAGAUGGUGAAUGAGUUGAAGGGGUUGCCGAAGGAGACCAAGGAGGGUGCUAAGGGGCCUGGUGGGGAGUUCGAUUUGUUGAUUGUGGGCGGUGGAGCGACGGGGACGGGGUGUGCGGUUGAUGCCGCGACGAGAGGGUUGAGGGUGGCCCUUGUGGAGAGAGACGAUUUUGCUUCAGGAACAAGUUCGAGAAGUACAAAGUUGGUUCACGGCGGUGUACGAUACCUGGAAAAGGCUUUCUGGGAACUGGACUACGAGCAAUACAAGCUGGUGAAGGAGGCGCUUCACGAGCGUGGUGUUUUCCUGAAAAUUGCGCCUUUCCUCUCGUAUCAGCUGCCUACGAUGAUUCCACUUUACAAAAUGUGGAAGCUGCCAUAUUACUGGGCGGGUUGCAAAGCGUACGACGCACUUGCGUGGUUUAGCGGAGACGCGCUGUCGAACAGUUACUUCCUCAGCAAGCAGAAGGCACUUGAGGCCUUCCCCAUGUUGAAGCAAACCGACCUGGUUGCUGCUUUGGUGUACUACGAUGGUGCCCACAACGACGCUCGAAUGAACGUUGCUCUGGCGCUUACAGCCGUAGCCCAUGGUGCCGUUGUCGCCAACCACACCGAAGUCGUCCGCCUCUUGAAGAAGAAGCGCACCACGCAUCUCGGCCUCUACAACCUUGGCCCCGAGGAAAUCUACGGAGCGAUCGUCCGUGACCACAUGACCGGCGAAGAAUGGGAGGUCAGGGCGAAGGGUGUCAUCAACGCAACUGGACCCUUCACCGAUGGUCUGCGGAAGCUGGACUCUGGAGUGACGACCGCCGAAAUCGUCGCACCAAGUUCCGGCACGCAUAUCGUUCUGCCUAGCUAUUACAGCCCGCGGGAUAUGGGUCUCAUUGACCCUGCUACCAGCGACGGACGCGUUAUUUUCUUCCUGCCGUGGCAAGGAAGCACCAUUGCUGGCACUACCGACGCACCGACGGAAGUGACGCAAAACCCCAUCCCCACCGAAAAGGAGAUCGCGUGGAUUCUAAGCGAAAUCGAAAACUACCUCUCCCCAGACAUUAAGGUCCGCCGAGGUGACGUCCUCGCCGCAUGGUCUGGAAUCAGGCCCUUGGUUCGCGACCCGCAUGCCAAGAACACCGCAGCGCUUGUGAGGAAUCACAUGAUCAAUGUCAGCGCAAACGGCUUGUUGACUAUUGCGGGGGGGAAGUGGACGACGUACAGAGAGAUGGCCGCUGAGACAAUCGAUAAGGCUAUUGAGGUCUUUGACCUUAAAGCAUCCGGCCCUUCCAACACCGAACACGUCCUCCUUGUCGGCUCGCACCACUGGGACAAAAACAUGUACGUCAAGCUCGUCCAACACUUCGGUAUCGAAGUUGAGGUUGCACAGCACCUCUCCGAAGCCUACGGUGACCGCGCCUGGGGAGUCGCCGCCAUGGCCUCCCUCACGGGCUCCCGCUGGCCCGUUUUCGGCAAGCACAUCGCACCAGGCUACCCGUACAUCGAAGCCGAGGUGCGCUAUGCCGUGCGCCGCGAGUACGCUUGUACUGCCGUGGACGUCAUCGCCCGCCGGACCCGUCUCGCCUUCCUGAACGCCCAGGCUGCCCUGGAAGCCCUGCCUCGCGUCAUCGAGAUUAUGGCUGAGGAGCUCAACUGGUCCAAAUCGCGCAAGCAGGAAGAGCUCGCAAAAGGAAAGGAAUUCCUCGUCUACAUGGGUCUGCGUGACCCCUCCACAUCCUCCGACGCCAGUUUCUUUGAGCGGUCGCAUUUCAGGCCGGAGGAGCUCACCAAAGCACAGGCGGAGUUCAGUAAGCUCGACGCGGAUAAGGAUGGACAUAUCAACCAGUCGGAUUUGAAGACGGUUAUGAAGACUUUGGGCCAGGAUAUCACCAAGGCGGAUCUGGAGACAGUGUUGACGCAUGUGGAGCUGAGGAUGGUUGAUUCGAUUGAGUUCAACGAGUUCUUGGAGAUCCUCGGAGUCGUGAAAGAAAUGAAAAACCGCUCCAAAUUCUCGCACCGGAUCUCCAACCACGAAUCCGUCAAAGUUCGAUCCACCGAACGUAGCGGUGGAGGUGUCUAAACAACUUUGACACUCCUCGCUCUCAUUCCUACUCUUACGCUACAGCCCGUGUCGUCGCGUGCGGCCCCGCGUACUCUGCCUUGACACCGUAUUACGUAGGAUCCCUCAAAUCGUUUAAUAGAACAAACCCCGCACCGCCGGGACAGACAUUGCCGCACACGGCGAGCCGCACAGCACACCCACCUCUUUUAAUUGCCGCGUUACUUUCGUCUCCCGUUCGUUCUCGUUCGGUCCUUUUGUUUCUUGUAUUAGUUUCUUUGCAUUUCGAUGGU